AUGACCAGUCUCCCGCCACGCCGCCGCGAAGACUUCACUGUCGCGGUGAUUUGCGCCCUUCCACUAGAGUUCAAUGCCGCAGAGUUGGCCCUCGAUUUGUUGUGGGACGGCCUCGAGCAAGACCUCGGCAAGGCUGCAGGUGACGCAAACACCUACACGCUGGGUCGAAUCGGCAAGCACAAUGCCGUCCUCGUCCUCCUUUCCGGCAUGGGAAAAGUGAAUGCAGCAAGCGCGACUGCCAGCCUGCGGUCGAGUUUUGGGGGUCUCAGAUUAGCUCUCCUAUGUGGCAUAUGCGGUGGCGUGCCCAAUGCGAAUGACGACGGGGAGAUGCUGCUUGGAGACGUCAUUAUCAGCAAAAGUGUCGUUCAGUACGAUCUGGGGCGGCUAUUUCCAGGCCAGUUCGAGCCGAAAGACACCAUACACGACACUCUGGGUAGACCGGUCAAAGAGAUUCGGUCUCUGCUCAUUGCAUUCGAAACCCAUAGGCAGAAGCAGCGGCUGCAAAAGGAAAUCUCAAAAGGUCUGACGGAAAUCCAAACCAAGGCAGCCGAAGAGAGCUACGACGUCGACUAUCGUAGACCACCAUACGAAGACGUGCUCUUCGAGCCCGACUACACCCACAGGCAUCGGAAACACGUACAGUGCAGCUGCAGUGAAACACAGACCUGCGAGCAGGCGACGAAAGCGACAUGCGAGGAGCUCGACUGUGACUUUGGAUACCGAGUGUCUCGAAGACGUCUCGAGAAUCAGCAAGUCGGGCAAGAAACCCCCUUUGCGGAGCACCAGCCUCGUGUGUUUCUUGGCUCGAUUGGAUCAGGAGACACCGUCAUGAAGUCUGGCAAAGACCGAGACCAGAUUGCGAGAGAACAUAGCCUCGUCGCCUUUGAAAUGGAAGGGGCCGGAGUUUGGGACGAGAUCCCCUGCAUCAUCGUCAAGGGCGUAUGCGACUAUGCCGACAGUCACAAGAACAAGACUUGGCAGCACUAUGCUGCGGCAAUAGCUGCGGCGGCAGCGAAGGCACUUCUCGAUCGUUAUGCGCCGGCAGCCGGCCUAGUUGAACGGGUUAAGCAAGUUGAGACGUCUGUUCUUGUGCCUUAUGUCAAAAAUCCCGAAUUCAUCGGCCGAGGAGAGAUCUUGAAUCGUAUCGCGCAUCUAUUUGGGGACACGCAGACUGGUCUGGUCAGUGCGAGACUACGCUCAAGAGUGGCACUCCAUGGGCUCGGCGGUGUUGGUAAGACGCAAAUUGCAUUGGCAUAUGCCCAUUGGUUACACGAGACUUCCCCUGAAAUUUCCAUCUUCUGGGUUCACGCCAGCAACCGUCAGCGCUUUCGUCAGGCUUUCACAUUAAUCGCUCAAGUAUGUAGCAUCCCGGGCUACGACGAUCAGCAGGCCGAUACCCUUCUUCUUGUGAAGAAGUGGCUCGAGGGCAGGAAAAGCGGCCCCUGGUUGCUGAUCGUUGAUAACGCCGACGACAAGGAAGUUUUCUUCACGGACACUGGAGAAGACGGCAUUGGCGCAGAUGCGCCUGAAAUUGCAUCUGAAGGUGGAAUGGGUCACUUCAUCCCUGACUGUCUCCACGGAUCCAUUCUCAUAACGACGAGGGAUAUGCAGACAGGCCUUAGGAUAACAGCUGGGGCCCCCCCAAUUAAGGUUAUUGAGAUGAUCGAUGCUGAGGCUGUUGAACUACUACGAUCGUUGCUCCCGAACUACAACUUCUCUCCCUCAGAGGCAAUCGGGUUGGCAUCUCGACUUGAGUACUUGCCGUUAGCUCUGGCACAAGCAGCCUCCUUCAUCCUCAAAAACUUCAUGUCCAUCAACGACUAUGUCCAAAUACUGGACAAAAGCGAUUCUACUUUGGUGCGUCAGCUGAGUGAGCCUUUCGUGUCCAUAGGGCGGGACUCGGAGAUUCCUCAUGCGCUGACUGCCACCUGGUUAAUUUCUUUCCGUCAGAUCGAACAGCGGUAUCCAUUAGCGGGCAAUUUGCUGUCUUUCAUGAGCAUGUUUGAUCGUCAAGCUAUUCCAAAAGACCUUGUCGAA